AUGGUGUCGGCAAACAAGGAAAUGGUGGUGUAUUGCUUCGAUACGCUGGUGGCUCACUUCAACGGCGAACAAAUUCCCCCUCCUGCUUUCGAUGAGGGUCAACACCCAUUGUUUGUGACUUGGAAGAAAGCUGUGAAUGGUGGGGAACCUCGCCUACGUGGAUGCAUAGGAACUCUGGAAGCUCGCUGCAUAAUAAAUGGCUUCAAGGAUUAUUCACUAACCAGUGCUCUGAGGGAUCGGCGAUUUCCACCAAUACAGUCUAAAGAAUUACCAUUCUUGCAAUGUACAGUUUCCAUUCUUACUAAUUAUGAAAAUGCUGCUAAGUAUCUCGAUUGGGAGGUUGGAAAGCAUGGAAUUAUUAUAGAAUUCACUGACCCUGAUUAUAGUACAAGGCGAAGUGCUACAUACCUACCUGACGUGGCUGCUCAAGAAGGUUGGACAAAGAUAGAAGCGAUUGAUUCACUGAUGCGUAAAGCUGGUUAUAAUGGCACCAUAACUGAGUCUGUGAGGAAACGUAUCCAGUUGACUCGUUACCAAAGCACGUUAUUUACAAUGCAUUAUGGGGAGUAUGUGAGCUAUGUGAAGACAACUCGAGGGUAAUUUAGGAAAAGAAGAUGGUAGGGUAUGGGCGGGUAGGACCCGACUCAUCCAUGUACCGGGUGGUUGUUGUUGCCUUGUUACUAAGUUAUUUUAUAAAAUAUGGUCGACUUGUAUCUCAAGUUGACUGAUGGAAAAAAGUUGGGAUUUAAUGUUUGUGACGUGGAAAUAUUGCAAGUUUGUUUAAAUUUUUAGGUAUAUGAUUUGUGUGAUAGCUUGUUUUAAGGUUGACUUUUGACUUUUGAGGUCCAAGUUUUUGUAUUUGGGUAUUG